AUGGGCAAUCCUGGAGUUCAAGGUUCGCAGGGUGAUAGAGGUCCAACAGGUGCCACUGGAGCAUCAGGGCAGCCUGGACCCGUUGGUGCCCCGGGUACUUCUGGUCAACCUGGCACACCCGGAGAUAUUGGCUUCACAGGAUUUCCAGGUCCAUCUGGAAACAUUGGUUUUCCUGGAGCUCUAGGAGUUAAAGGCUUGCCAGGAGAUACUGGACCUCAAGGCUCUACUGGCAUUCCAGGAUUUACUGGACAACCAGGUCAACCUGGACCAGCUGGUCAGCAAGGCCCCCAAGGUCCUCAGGGUCCUAAAGGAGAUAUGGGACCAUCAGGAUCUCCUGGAAACCCUGGUUCACAGGGAGUUCAAGGUAGUCGAGGGUUACCUGGAAUGCCAGGACUGUCUGGUACACCUGGCAAUCAAGGGGAUCAAGGAAACCCUGGAGCACCAGGACCCAAUGGAGAACCUGGUCAACAGGGUCAGCCCGGAACAGCGGGUAGACCCGGAUCUCAAGGAUCAUUAGGAAUUCAAGGUGUUCAAGGUGCUACUGGA